ACUGCGGUCGGCUGACUGAGGUGUACUGGAGCUGAAGGAGACAUGGCUGCGGCGGCGAAGGAGGUGGACAUGAAGAAGAUGGAGCUUAUGAAGGAGGUAAGAGCGCAUCAAGUGGCGAUCGGCGAGCUCAACAACCUGCCUCCAUCCAGGGCCGCGUACCAGAAGACCUGCAACAUCUUCUUCCGCAAGGACAUCAAAUCCGCCGUGGCGUCCCAACAGAAGCAACUUGACAUUGCCAAGGGGAAGCUGCAGAAGCUGGAUCAGGCAUGA